UCUAAAAUCAAAUCUAUUAUUUUUGUGUGUUUGCGAAACCCAUUAAAAAAAACUACAUAUUGAAAAAACUUGUUUUAUGGUAACUACUCAAAAAUUUAAUAAUAAUAACGUUAAUGACGACAUAAAAAGAAAUACAUAUAGACAUACAUGAACGGAAGUUCAACUUUACAAAAACAAUAAACAUUAUUCCAUUGUAUAAAUAUACGUGUGUGCACAAAUAGUGCAAAAACCUAAUUAUAGAACAUGAAACAAGCUUUAUAUUUGCUUUUAUACUUUGUACUUGGCUCACAUAUUAAUUGUGUACGAUCAUCAGAUUCAACUAGAAAUAGUAAUUAUAAGAUCAGUUUUAAAAAUCAAACACUCUCCAUUGAUAUGAACAAUGUUAUUAAUAGUUCUUUCCAAAUUGAAUUAUUCGAUAGUUCGUUAAAAAAUUCGAAAAUUUAUUUUUAUUGUGAAACACCACACAUUUGUUCUUGCCAACAUAAUCCAAUAGAAAUUUCAGAUGAUCGCUUUUAUUAUGGAAAUAUAUCAGUUACUGGAUUAUUUUUAGGUAAAUCAAAACUAUGUGCCAAAUCAAUAUUUGAGAAUGAAGUAAAAUGGAUGUCAGAUGGUUGCCAGAAUAUAAUUGUUUUAAAAGAAUUUGGCAUUGCCGAUCAAAUUUUUACAAUAUCAAUUGCUAUUGUUGUAACUAUAAUAUUUAUAAGUUUUGGAGCUUGUUUGGAUAUUGAUUCAUUAAAAGAAAUUUUGAUUAAACCAGUUGGACCAAUAAUUGGAUUUUGUUGUCAAUUUAUUUUAAUGCCAACAAUAAGUUACUUAAUAGGAUACGUUUUAUUUUGGGAUGAUGUUAAUAUGUGGCUAGGUCUAUUUUUUUCUGGUGUAUCUCCAGGCGGAGGAGCUUCGAAUAUGUGGACAUUAAUCUUAAAGGGAAAUGUGAACUUAUCAAUUGUUAUGACAACUAUUUCUAAUUUAGCCGCUUUUGCUAUGAUGCCGUUAUGGAUAUUUACACUUGGGGCAACAAUAUUCAAUCGAGGAAAUUUAGGUGUACCAUAUGAGCGUGUAGCCGUGUUUUCUGUAUCAUUAAUUAUUCCACUAGUUAUUGGUAUACUAGUAAAAAAAUUUCAACCGAAAUUAGCAAACAUCUUAAUUCGAUUAUUAAAACCAAUUACUAUAAUAAUAUUAGUGUAUAUUAUGACAUUUGCAAUAAUUCUAAAUUUUUAUGUAUUUAAAUUAUUCACAUGGAAAAUAAUUUUAGCUGGAAUGGGUUUGCCUUGGUUUGGAUACAUUUUAAGUUAUUUAAUAGCAUUAAUGCUGAAACAAAAUAAGGAAGAUUGUUUAACAAUUUCAAUCGAAACUGGAUUGCAAAACACAGGAAUUGCAAUGUUUUUAUUAAGAUUUUCAUUAGAACAACCAGAAGCUGAUUUGACAUCAGUUAUACCAGUAGCCGUAAGCUUUAUGACACUACUGCCACUUUUAAUAUUGUAUUCAAUACAAAGAUUUUUGUGUACAAGUGCUAUGAAGGAGGAAGAUAUUUCAACUAAUCCAAAUGAAGAGGAACGAAUUAUGUCACCGCCAUCAAUCCGCAAUCAAUCAAACUUAUAACACUCCAUUUUAUUUACAAAUUAUCUAAACUAAAAAAUUGGAAAUUCAAAAUGUUAAAGGCUGUUAUUUUUUUUAUAUUUUUUAAAUUCAUAAUAUUAUGGAAUACAACAUGAAUACGAAUACAUA